UAGUUUUCUGAAUUUAGGCUCUCUUUGCAAGUUGUCAGAGUGAAGCUGUUUGCUGCUGGAGUAGUUAGGGAUUGCUUUCUGUGAGAAGUUUGGAAUAUUUGCCACUGGAAUUAAUGCUGCACCUUCACUAGAAUAACCAGACAGCAAAACAAAAUGGGCCCAGAUUUAACACUAACUACAGUGUUGGCAUGAAUUCUGACAGAAUUUGGGUUUCAUUUUAUAUGUAUUUAUUUAUUUCCACAGCAACUUGAUAAUGCUUCUGAAGAGGCACAGAGGAAGAAGAAAGUUUUCCUGGAAAAAAGUCUGUUUGAUAGAGAAGGUUAUCUGUGAGAGGGAGAAGUGAAAGGUUGAAGGGUGCAUGUUUAACAUCUUGCAAAGCUGGGGGAAGAGGGGGGAGGGUAUCAAAGCUGUCCUUCAAAAUUAUCUGCAGAUACCCUGAAUAUAGCACAAAAUAAACAAGUAUUUUAAAAGAAAAGGUUUGGUUCUACUGGAAAAGAGUAAGAAAAUGAUGCUUUAGGAACUGUUUAUUCUUUGUUAAAAUGCUGUUAAAGGUUACCUUUUAUUUAUUGUAUCUUGCAGAGAUGUUUUCAGGUGAGUGGAAAAAUUGAGUUUUACCUCUAGCUGUUAUAAUAAAUUGUUAUUGAAAUACUGUGACUCAAAAUAAAGAAGUAGCAAGAAUGGAAGUGAAGGAAGCACCCAGAAACAAAUACCAGGAAGGAGGGAGCACAAUGUCCAAAGGAAGUUUGGUGUUGAGUGUUAAGCCAGGGGUUCAAGAUUGGUGCUUGUGUUUUGCUCAGGUUUUAGUUCAGUUUUUGGGGAAGGGUUUAGGUUCACAUUCAGUUUAUUGAAUAUCAGUGAUAAUUUUUUUCAUGGUCCCACACCAUAGAUUUUCCUCCCCUUGCCAGCCCAAGUUCCAAGCCUCAAAUCAUAUCAAUCAACUCUGAGCAAACAAGCAAAAUUACUAAGAAAAAGUAGCUACCAAGAUCAGAGCAUUAAUAGAACUGGAAUUUUAAGGAUGUUUGGACAACAAGGUCCAGCUUUUCACAAGUUUCCAGAAACUGUGGAUACUGACAUUUAGUCCAAACAAACAACAUAGCAUGAAGGACAAUUGAUGCCCUGGGACAAUAAAGUGCCAGCAUGGCAACAUCUGUUCAAAAAUGUCAAUUAGCACUGGAUGCUGCCAUGUGUGUCAGGAGUUCAACAGGCCUUUAGCUCAUGUAUGCAGAGGUGAGGACAGAACCUGUAUUUGACAUUCUUUGAGGUGAAGCACAGAGGGCAGAAAUUUCUUCCAGGACAGGGUGAGGCUUUGGUUGCUGUGGAGAGAAUUAGUGCAGCAGGACUGGCUCCAGCUCUGGAGCGGCUUCAGGAACCUCACCAUGUUCUCAUGUGCUCUUCUGUACCAGUUAUUUCCCCUCUCUCUGACAUUUCCAGUUGUCUGGCAGGUGACAGUGUGGUUUGCUAUCACAUGGCACUGAGAUAAGGAUGGGGCUGUGUGAUCUGUAAUUAUGAGCUGUUUGCAGGGCAGGGAAGCUGCACAUGCAGCUGAAUCUGAUGAGCUGACCUGCACUGAGCUGUUACACUGCAAUGACCUAAGAUGCAUUUAAGCUGCACAUUGUAGUUCAGUUUAGGCAGAAAUCUCAUUUUUACCCAGACACAGGCACCUGGGUGUCUCUGGACUGUAGAACCAUGUUAGAGGUGCUGUCCAGCCCCAGGAGCCACUGUGUCAGUGCAGCACAAGGUCUGCACAGCAAAUUUGGCAUUUACCCAGAUCAGGGCACUCAGGAGUACCCUCACCUGACUUGGGUAUCCAGCCUGCCCUUGUUUGUGCCAUGAAAUCCUCCCAAGUUCUUAUUAUGAAAUUAUGACUCAAAUAUUCAUUCUGGGGGGAAAUUAAUGUCCUUAGAAUCUCAUGAAAAAUUAGCUGGUAUGAGCCGUAGGAAAAUGGUCAGAGUCUAAGUCAAUAAGGAUCAAGUUUCUGAGGAGGAAGGAGAGUUUUAUUAAAGAUUUUACAGACCUUAGGAACACAUUGUUCUGGAACUUGAAUAUGUGAUAGACCUGUGUGGCAUUGAACUUUUAUCUCUAUCACACACAGCUUGUAACCUUCUUUAUUAGACAAUAGAAAUUGUGGGUGAGGAGAAUCAUGGCACAGUUUGAGUUGGAAAAGACCUUAGAGAUUGAUAAUUUCCAGUCUCCAGUGGGGAUCCUGGUGCCACACUGGUUAUUCUGUGAGGACUCCACUGUCACAUUAGACAUCAUUGGAUCUCUGCUUUCAUUUGUUCCACCCUGACCAUGGGAUGAGGGCACUGUCAGAAAGAAGAGGUGUAAAUACAUUUUUAAAAUAGCAUGAUAGGAAAGUGGUUUAUUUUUUAUUAAAUCUGGUUUCUGUUUAAGUCAGCCAUGGUCCAGGAGUUGUGUUUGAAGGCAGUCAACCAUAUAAUUCUCUUCCAUAUAAUUCACUUCCUCUGUGAUUUUAAAGGAUUUUUGCUUAAGUCUCAUAAAAAUACCAAAGGGUCCUUUUUUUUUUUUUUUUUUUUUUUUUUUUUUUUCUAGCUUCAGAACAAAACUAUUCCAAUUUAUCCCAGAGACUGGUGUCAUAUAAGCUAAUGUCAAUGGGAAUCAUCCAGAACUAGGGCAUUCUGUUUAAAACAAAAGCACAGGUCAAUUGUCCAGAGUGGAGGAAGAUAAAAGGAAUAACUUAACCAAAACCAGCAUUUUUCUCAUUUAGAAGUCAAGAUAAAUCAGUGAAUUUAAAGUCAACUUCUGUUUUGCAGCACCUUUUUUUUUUUUUAACUGUCUCUGAGGAGGGAAGAAAAUGAAACAGUUUAAGGAUUCUUUCCCUCAAUAUUUUUUAGAUGAAGAGAUGUCCAUCUUUUUAGGUGCAUCUCUCUAUUUUUUUUUAGGAAUAUGGAAGCCUCCAUGAAAAAAAACUUGCAGUCAUCUCCUAUCCUGAGUGCCUUGGUGAAAUCACUGCACAGAACUUCUAUUUCCCUGCCAGAACUCAGUGCCUACUUGCUCUUAGGCAUUCAAGGUCCUUCUGAGGGGGAGCAUUGAGCAACACUCCAGGGGCUGCCCUCAGCUGUAAGGACUUCAGCACUGGCAGUGUUUACUGCUCUGGGGUGAGGAGAGGACUUGUUCUUUAUUGACUCUGUGUAAUUGUCAGUUCUGAUUUGCUCUCCUGAUGCAGUGGGUGCUAAAGAUUAACACUGUAAAUGAAGAAUUGCUCUGCAAACAAACCUCGGGUAGGCCACGGAUUUCAUAAACUUUUAAAAACUUAGAUAAAUUUAAUCACGGCUUUAAAGCGAGGACAGUUUGAUCUGAUUGGGUUUUGCACAGAAUUAUCAUUUUUCAAUGCAGUUUUUUGUCUUUCAGGAUAGCUGACAGCUCCUGUGUGCCAUGAGGGAUCUUUCCUAUGGCUGAGCCUGGGAUGUGACAGCCCCUGUGAGUGUCUGAGCUGGAAUAAAAAGUGUGUGAGAAGGAUUUUUUCACCUGUAUUAAUGCAUCCUGCAGCUCCAGAUGCCCCAUUCUGCGUGGGGGUAUUCAGCCUGCAUUUAGUACCAGGUUGAUGUGGCAGGCAUGACUGAUCUCAUUCUCAGUUAACCCUUGAGAGGCCUUGCCAGUGCUUGGAUCAGUGCAGCUCAUGGCAGGGGGCUGCUGAAGGUGUCACCGUGGGUUUAAAUGGCACAGCACAGGUGAUGGGCAUCAGAAAACACCCACUGAAGGGAUCUGUGCCCUGGCAAACAAGCAUCCAAAAAAGGCUCAGGUAGGUGAGGUGACAGGAAUCUUGUGCUGUUGUAACUAGAAAAAGUCUAAACAACUCUCCAUGUUCAGAUAUUUUGAGGGAAGGCUUCCUGUGGAAUAUUUAUUUAUAUGUUUUUAGAUAUAAAAAAAUCAGCCCUGGAUAAAGUAGAUCUUUUAAUCUUGUAUUUUGUAUGGUAUUUUAUUGUACACUAAAGUAUGUUAUGAUUGGAUACCAGGAUUCUACAAAUAAUGAGGAAUCCAAAACCUUUCUUCAGUUGCUUUGGCACACUCCCUGAAUUCAGAGUCUUUCUUUACAGCUGCAUUAGGUCUCAUUUCACAAGACAGGAAAAGAUGAAUAUUGGAAAUCAGGAUGGGGAAACAAGAGAAAAAAAAAAAAAAAGAAAAAAGGAAACUAAUCUAAAACAAAGACAUCUCUAAAUCUACCAGAAUUUCCACACAGAAUUCCAAAGCAAAUGAAGGAUUCUAACAGUUUAAACUGUUUCCAUAUGGAAGGGGUUAUUUUUAUAGAUCCAGGUGACCCUGGCCAGAAGCAGCAGGACAGGAGGAUCCCAGGGCAGCUGUGCAUUCCCAGGCAGUGUCACCGGGUGGCGACAGGAUGUCGCGAUACCCUGCCCGUGUCGCGGCUGGCCCUGCUGGGGAAGCACGGUGAAAACCCUGGAAGCCAGGAUUAGCAGAGCCCGAAAUCACCUGCUCGCAGGUGGGGUUAUCUCAGCUCCGGCUGCAAUAAACCCGCCCGGGCGUGGCCGCAGAGAAGUUCCCGGCGCUUGCUCCGAUUCUCGUUCCAGCUUUAGUUUCUAAUUCAUUUCCCCCAAGUGUUUGUGCAGUGCGUGUACUAAAGGGUGUAGAACACUAAAAAAAAAAUGUUUUUCCUUAAAAAAAAAAAAAAAAAAGGAAGUUAUGUUUUCUGAAAAAUUCUGUGGUUCUAAAAUGUCUUUUCAAUGAAAUCUCCAAUUGAAUAGUGGAGAGGGAGGAGCUGAUUUAUCCUCAGCAGCAAAUACCUUGAUGCUGAAAUGUGACUGAAACAAAAGCAGUAGCAUGUUGCUCUUCUUUCUGUAGAAAAGAAAGAAAUGCAUGCUACUUUUUCUUUCUAUAAAUCAUUGAAAUGAAUGAAUUCAUUUCAUGAAAACACACAAGAAUUUAAACUCUGAAGGGCUUUGGAAGUGUGUAAGGAUUAAUUUCUUUGGUACCCGUGUUGAUGUUCAUACAAGACCUCGUUUUAUUUGAGCACCACUGAUUUCUCAUAUAAACACACAUUUAGUGGUGAGAGUAGAACAAGCAGAUGAUCUCAAAGAGGGAACCCUGUUGGCUGCUGGGGAGCUGCAGCAGCACUGAGGCUGUCACAGUAUGGUUGUGAUUGUAUGUCUGUAGAUGUAUUCAUUUCCUAUUACUGGGUGGGACACCUCAGAGUCUACCAUGAGAAGGAUUUGUCACAGAGUGAUUCUGCCCCUCUGUGGCAGAUGUGACCAUGUCUGUGUCCCUCAGCACAGCAUUUUCCAGGAGAAAUCCCAUCCCCAGCAUCCCAGCCAAAGGGAAGCCAUGGAUUUCUUGCCUGCCUGUGGCCUGUCACAACUGAUACACGAGUCAGGGGACACCUAAUCCCCUCUACCACAUUUAUUAUGUGUUAGGAAAAGGUAGAAGGCCUUUUUGGAGAUAGGAGUUAUGACUGCUUUGGUUAUCAUCAUUCUCAUGUCAGAGAGCAGCUACAAGACCUUACAAGGUUUCACAACCUUCUAAAAACCCAGUUCCAAAGUUGCUUCAAAAAUCCACAGUGAUUUUGUUCUGGAAGGCUUGAAAAGUCUAAGGGCAUUUUAGCAUUGCAGCACUUAUGGCACACAUCCAAAUGAUAUUGCCUUUUCCAUUAAUUUAAUGUUCAACCUGCCUUUCUAGAAAUAAAGCUCAGUUCCCUCGGUUUGCAGUGCUGUAUUUUAAAUUUCUUCUUCUUUUGUAAUGUCCUUGAGAUGACACUGCUUUGCUGCUACAGCCUGCUCCUUCUCAUGGUGUGGUUUAUCUUGUGGAUAUGCUGGGCAGAUGAGAAGUGGAAUAAGACAUGAAGACUUCUAGAAGUAAUCUACUGGACAACUGAGAACAUAGAGAAUUUUUCACUGUGUGAAAAUGUCUUAUUGAUGGAUACUGACCUGUUUCUGAAUUCAGGGUGGGAAUUGUUUGAAACAAGGUGGGUUGCUUGGUAUAUUGACUUACAUAUGGACCCUUUUAUUUUAAAACAAUUUUUCCUUCUUCUUUGUGACCAUAGGAAUUGUUUGUAUGAACUGUGUGCUGGUGUGUGCACACCUCUCCCCAGCCACUGCAUUUCAGAAACUGCAUUGUAGGUUACUGUGGAAUAUAAGUGGAAAUCCUGAGUUAUCUGAGUUUAAAGGAAAUCAAUCUGAGCCUUUCUUAACCCAAGAUUUCAGAUAUUUUCAUUCAUAGAAGGAUAGUCAGUGUGAAGAAAUAUUCCUGUUGGCUGGAGUAGAGGGGUACAUGGAGCUGACCUAAAAAACCUAUGGAAAACAAUGGGCUCAGCCUCAAGCCUGCAGAUUUUGGAGCUUCACUCAUGAAAUUGAAAGGAGCAAAUAUUUGUAUACAACACAAGAGUUGUCAAAAGUCUUUGGUUUGACAACAAUCUGUGGUUGACCAGGCUUCCAGCUGGUAAAGACAAGCACCCGGGCUGUCAGGACUGGAGUGCAGUAAAAAGACAUGUUAAAAAUGUGAUGCAUCCUGCCUAGUCAGACCUGACUGACCCAAUGCAUUUGGAAAUAAGGAUUAUUAAGCUUUCUCCAGCAGCAGCCUCCAAUUUAUUUGCAGAGAUUUUAAUCCCUAAACAAGAUCUGUUAGUGUAGCUUGGUCAGCAUGCCACCUUUUUCCAGCCUCUUUAUAUGGAAACCUCACCAGUUUUCCUUCUCUUUUCUCCACUUCUAGAAUUGCUGCCUUCUUUCAGCCCUGCCAAAAGCAAGACUCUCAGUGGUGAAGACCUCAGGACAAUAUUCCUGGUUAGACUCAAUUUCCUUCAGUUCUGACUCGGCCACCACAACUUGAACAGAGCUGAUUCUCUCCUUGCUGCCUCCUUGCCUGCAAAGGAGCAUCUGCAGCAGAGGAGCUGCCCAGGAGCAUGUGCUGCAGUGACCCUGCAGCAGCAAGGUGUGCCCAGAGUACUGACAAAGUGCCUUUUUCCUGGCACUGUUUAUAGUCUGCUCUGAGUAAAUCAGGCCCAGCCAGCUGAAGGGAAAUGCUGCUGAUGGGAUUGUGUCCUGUGCCAGCUCAGCCAUGCCAGGGAGGGAUCAGACUUUGCCCCCCUUUCACAGCUCCGUGGGCAGCAGCCCAGAGCUGUCUCUGCACCUCCCUGCUGUAAAAGCAGCAUUUGCCAUCCUCAGCCCAGUCCCUGCUUUUCUGUGGGAGCUCAGGAGGGAGGGCUGGCAGGGCUGGGCAUCCCCUGGCACAGCACAGCUCGGGCUCACCCUGCUCCAUGCCCUGCACAGAGCUUCACAGGAGUCCUUGGCAGAGGAAAUUUUACACACCAGUCUGGCUGCAGCAGUAAUGUUUUUGCCCUUUGUAAAGCCUGGGCUUUUUUCAAAGCCUGUAUUCACUCAGCACCCACUUGAGUGUAUUUCUAUUGUAACUAUGCAUGCAGUGCACCUCAGGGAAUAAGUAUUAAAUGUCACUCAUCAAAUUCCAUGAUGCAGUUAGUUGAAUUUUUACUUCUUGGAAUAAAUUUACAAGUUUUUCUUGUUUUCAGGGGUUUUUUUUGGAAAAAAAUCUAACUUGUUGAGCAGGUCAAAAUGUAUCAUGUUUACUUUUCUCACUAUAUUCUGGCUCUUUAGUUAAUUGUAAAUGUGCUUUUACUCGUGUUUCUUAAAUGCUUUAUUCUAUUGACUCUUCUGUAAAUGAAGGGGGGUUAUUAACAAUACACCAGCAUUUUCAGGAAUACACAUAUCAUUUUAAAAUACAUCUAUAUGUUAGAAAGUUAACUUUAAAGCUGUAGGGGAUGUUGCUCAAAUAGCAUUUUGCAUGUUUGUAACUCAGAUUCUUAUGGUGAAAAAGAUUAUUGCAGAUUAGUCGCUUGAGGAGGGAGGCACUCACAUUACGAGCUCCUGAAAAAUAAUUCAUUUUCUUUCUUUUUUUGGUCCAAGUCACCUUUUGCACAGCAGCUGUCACUUAGAAAAUAAGCCAGUCCCACCACGUUCCACUUAACUGUUGACUGUUUUAUGUGUGUCUCUGAACAGGUUAUUUAGCAUUUACAUUUUCUGAGCUCUCAGCCAUUCAAAUUAAAGUAACAGCUUGUUUGUUGUGGUAGAAAUGAUUUUCUGUGCAGUGAAAGCAUGGAUUUUUAAAGUACCAGCUGUGGAACUGCACUUCUGAGCUGGCAAAUUGGCUUGCUUUGUCAUUCUGUACUCAAUAUUUCAGCAGCAUUCCCAGUGGAAAUUUUUUUUCAUACCUUUCAAAGCAGCAAUAUGGACAUGACAUUAGUGAAUCACUAGUUCUCAGGAAGUGGGGAGUCUGGGUGGUUGUGCUACAGCACAAAGGAUUAAGGUGAACGUGUGACAAAGCAAAAGGCCUUUGGUACAGCCAGGAAUUCAAACCCAUGGGUCAAAACUGUCGUUUCUGCAGAAAUUACAGGACAAGAGGUAUCUGAAAGGCUCUGUCAUACCAUGACCUUCUUUAAUUGCAUGGAUAUUGAGGCUGAGGCAAGUUUUAAAUGAUGUGUGCAUAUAAUCACCAGAAAAAAAGCUGCCAUCCUGAGACAGAGGUGGUGAGAUUACAGAUCUGCUCUCUCCUCCUUCAAACAUGCAGGGUGCCAUGCAAAGCACUGAGGAUUUGUCCAAAUCAUAAAAGGGCUGAAGGUUUUUCCUUAUUACUUAAUUUAAAGGAAUCAGCUCUUGUCUGUAUAGUUACAGAUGAGGUUAUUGGAACUUAGCUAAAAAGAGCUCUGCUAAACACUGUUGCUGCUUUCGUGUUUGGAAGUUGUGCUGAGAGGUUUUAUGAGCUCUCUGCACCAAUCCUGCAGCAAAGAGGAAGCAACUCAUAAUGAUUUCCCAUCUCAGUUCACCAUUUUAAGCUCUAAAGAAAGGUUUGAUUAUUAAGCUUGAAAUUUUUUCCUCUCAAGAUUAAUCCUUACUUUAGGGAGUUAAUUCCAUUUAUAUCAGUGAGAUUACUCACGUGAGUAACCAGCCACAGAAUUUGCCUGUAGUACUGUGAUUGCCUAGGGGGAAGUACAAGCAAGUCUGCAAUUAAAGUUACAAAAGGAAAAGGUUUGACCUUUUCUUUUUUCUCUUCUUUUCUUUUCUUCUUUUUUUUUUUUUAAGUAUAUAUCUCUACUGUUUCAUUGACUAGUGACAAUGGCUUUUGCAUUCUGAGGUGUUACUAACAGCAGCACAGAAUGGCUUUUCUUUAAUAAGAAAGAAAUAGGAAAUGCUAAAGCUUCCCUGUGAAAGGUAGAAAGAGGAGGAUCUCUGAGUUUUAACUUCAAGAAGCCCUAGGCUUUCUUCAUGUGCAUCACAUUAGUGGAAAAUUCCUUCAUUCAUUUAAGAUAAACAGUUGUAACUUUCACGUUUGGUUGAUGUGACAUCAAUGACUGACUGGGACUGCCAGCAUUCCAAAAAGGAUAUCGUCCUCAUCUGCAGCCACUCAGGGCUGCGGGGUGGAGCCUGCAGCACGGGCUGAAACAUUUACAGGUGCAUAAGUACCUAGGGAAGGGCACAGGUGAUGCACCUGUCCCGGGAAAGGAGCACUAGCACAGGUGUGUCACAGCUCAGCAGCUGCCUGGGUCAGAGCAUGAGCUUCUUUGAGCCCCCGUCGCACUCCCCGCCACGCUGCAGCCCACAGUUCCCCAGCAUCGGCCAGGAGCCUCCGGAGAUGAACAUCUACUACGAGAACUUCUUCCACCCCCAGAACAUCCCCAGCCCCCAGCGGCCGAGCACCUUUGAGACUGCAGAUUACAGCAGCACUCCCAAUCCUUACCUCUGGCUAAAUGGACCUUCCAUCACCCCCCCACCGUACCUGCCAGGAUCCAACGCCAGCCCCUUCAUCCCGCAGUCGUACGGGAUGCAGAGGCAGCUCUUGCCCAACGUGCACGGCUUGGGAGGAACUGACCUUGGCUGGCUUCCCCUGCCGUCCCAAGAGGAGCUCAUGAAGUUGGUGAGACCUCCUUACUCCUACUCUGCCCUCAUUGCCAUGGCUAUCCACGGGGCACCUGACAAGAGGCUGACUCUGAGCCAGAUCUACCAGUACGUGGCUGACAACUUCCCGUUCUACAACAAAAGCAAAGCUGGCUGGCAGAAUUCCAUCCGGCACAACUUGUCUCUCAACGACUGCUUCAAGAAGGUGCCUCGAGAUGAAGAUGAUCCAGGAAAAGGGAAUUACUGGACUCUGGACCCAAACUGUGAGAAGAUGUUUGACAAUGGAAACUUUCGCAGGAAGCGGAAGAGAAAGUCUGACAUGGAGGCCAGUGCUGCUGCUCUUGUGUCUGAGAAAUCCGAGGACAGUACCCUGUCUGGCAGCCCCAAAGCUGCAGAGCAUCAGGAUAUCUUGGAAAACACCUCACCUGGGACUGACAAUUCACCUGAGAAAGGAUCUCCUCCUCCCUCCUCCAGCAGCCCGUGCCUCAGUAACUUCCUCUCCAGCAUGACCACCUACGUCCACGGCUCCAGCUCGGGGAGCCGCUCCGGGCCCGUGGGACUCAGCUCUGAACCCACUGACAAAAUGGGGCAGAACAUGGUAGGCUUCAAUUCCUACUCCCCACUCUCCAGUAUUCCCAGCCAUGGUGUGGGAGACUGGUCCAAUUCCAUGCCUUCCAGUCACCUUGGCCACAGCAACUCGGUGCUCAACCAGUUUAACACCCAUUUUUACAGCAGCCUCAGCACAAACAACACCCUGUACUCCAGGGAAGGGACAGAGGUUUAAAUGAAGGAUUCUAGGACACUAAAGGAGAGUUAUUUAUGAGAGGAAAUGAUCCAUGGGCAGGUGAUUAGCAUUAGCCUCUUGUCUCUAGGGCCACACUGCAUCUUCCUCCUGGCAGCCACAAACUCGUUACCCAUUAUACUGAAAUCACAAACACUCCACGUUCAGCAGCUGCACGUGGAAAAUCAGGGAUCCUAAGAGGAAGAAUAGUAAAAAGGUCUCCUUAGAUACUGCUUGUACUGCUGCCAACCAGGCUCCUCUACAGAAGUCCUUGAGAAGUUACAGUUUGCCUUAGGCAGGAGCCUCUUUCUGGCGUGGCAUUAACAUUGCUGUGCUUUUUAAAGUGAUAACAGCAAUGUGGUGGUACCUUUAAUAUCCUAUCUUCAGGUAUAGGCUGCCUGUACUAAAUGCUCUGCAAGUUCUUAUGUGGCCAAAGCUCUCCUGAACACUGCAGAAUCCAUAAUAAAAACCACUGUAUAGUGAGGAACAACCAACACCUGAAUGGUGAGUGCUGCCUUUGGCUUUCUCUCAUGCCAGUGCAGACCUUCUCUAAAGCUUGACCCCCUUCCAGUCCCAGGGGGAAUGUGGCUGUGCAGCAAACUGACAGCAUCAUGGACACAACAGGAAUUUUGAAGCUGGAGGGAAGCAUGACAAAAUACACAAUUCCUGGAAUUGUCUUCUGCUGUUGGAUCUUUGUGUUUUCAAUUCUAAUUACAGGGUCAAUUUUAUUCCUUACACAUGUAAAUCUAGCCACGUAAGGGAAAGAGGAUCUGUCCUGAAUAUAUAAAUAUAUAUGUUUAAGACAUGUUUUUUUCUAAGAAGAAAACACAUUUGUUAUAUCUUAAUUUUCUAUGUGAAUUAUUUCUACUGAGUAAAGGGUUUGAAUACUGGGGUGGGAGGUGAGGGGAGAAGAAGAGGGAGGUAAGAAGUUUAACUGUCUCUGAAUUUCAGUUUCAAAGGCUGGAUAUUUCAGAGUAUCAACUGCAGAUAUUGUAAAAAGUCUCUGUACUGUAUUUUUUUCAUUUUGUAAAAGUCCAUGCUGUUCAUCCUUGUGUAAAUAUUAGAAAUAAUUCUUAUUUUUCCUACACUCUACUGUAGCAACAAACAUUUCAAAAUAUAGAUGAAGUUUUUUAAACCAAGACUUGGCUCGAGUUCCACAUUCAUGUAGAGUAAUAUCUCAAAAUGGAUAACCCCAGAAGCAUUUUUAAUAAAGCAUUUGUAUAGAA